UCAGAUGCCACCCUUGCCUCCGACCGCACGGACGAGCGCUACCAACGGGGAUAGCCGCGAACUUCAAAUUCAAAUUUCGUAUAUCGAACGCGGACUUAUUUUUAAAAUUUAUUUGGUUUUCUUUUAUUUUUUAAAUUCGUUGCUUCUGGCAACGUGUAAAGACUGUUUAUACUCUUUGGUGAACUUUGCUGAUUAUUUACGCGAAGAUACGAUAAUCUACACGAUGAGGCUGGUGGUGCCGGGCUGCGUGAAUGACGCGCGCAGCAUACCAGCGCUGCGAAUCUUUGUACUCGCCUCUGCUAUGGCGCUCUAUCUUACUAUGGGUGCAUCAGUGUUCCAGGCUAUCGAGGGACCCUUGGAGCAGAGCAUAGGGGAGAAGCUGGAACAAUUGAAAGCUCAGUUCCUGCAAGAUCAUCCCUGUGUUACAGGUGAGUUUACAACUUUUAAUUUAGUUUACAUUAAUAGAUUUAUGAAAAUUCCACGAUAGUUGAAAGGAAAUUAUCCUUGCGACAUAACAAUGCAGAAACUAAGCGACA